CACUCUGAAUGAAUCUGGCGUCCAAUGUUGUUAAUAUCCCGCGUUUGCAAUUUAAAUGACUCUUAUUUAUUAAAAGUUGACAUUAAAUGUCGACAGUAAAGCGGAAAAAGAAGACGAAUGGUGAUACGCGACAGUCGGAGCAGUUGCGCAACUGGUUGAAUAAGUCAAAAAAACACAAAAUGGUGUUUUCACAACUGGUGGAGAAUCUGCCGGACAUUGCCUUUCAGAUCCAGGUGGAAGGGUCUGCCAAACCAAACGGCACUUUGGAUGAAUGUGCAGAAUGGUUUUACAAUGAAUUCUACAAAAAUUCAGCCAUACGAGAAAAGUACGAAAUCAAAGUAAGAUCCUGUCCACUGGCUAUCAAAAAUAAGUUGUUGCAAUUGCCCAUAGCAGAGGAAGCUACAACAACUGCAACUGGAACUGCAACUGAAAUUGGCGUUGAUGUCGCAAUUAAAAACAGCGGUCGUUUCCAGUUUCCCGUUUCAUUUGCAACGUUUAAGCAAUACAUUAAUAAGCAACGUCUUAUUAAUGAUCUCCUGCGGAAGAAAACAGAUCAAGAGCGCCAAUUGGUGCUGGGCGACUCCAAGAAAUUGGGGGAUUUAUUGCGCAAAGGUUACAACGUGUUUUAUAUGUUUCCGCAUCGUCGUCGCUUGAACAAAUACGAAUUCAAGGAAGCGUCACCAGAGAUACUACAGCUGCUGCUAAAGCCUGGAGUGCCGCUCGACGAGGCAGCCGCCAAGACAGUAAGUGAAUCACCAAGUUCCAAAAGUCGAAAGAAUAAAGCAAGAGCUAUUCAGCUUCAGGAGAGCCUUACCUCCAUAGUGUCCUUCGAUGUUUUUGAAAAGUUCAUCAAGAACAUCUAUGAAAUUGUUUGGCAACUAAAGCUAAACGACUUGAAGGAUGAAGGCUUCGAUAAUUGCGCUAAGGCUUAUUACAUAGCCUUCUAUUUAACGCCGGAAAUUCGGGAGAGAAUCCAGUACGAGUUUGUGCCUUGCACCUCAUCAAUGAGAAAUCGUCUGCUGGCGUUGCCCAGCGAGGCAGAUAGGGCGAUUCUUCUCGAGAUGCAGAAGAUAUCUCUCGAGAUAGCAACAAGUCAAGAACUGGAGCUAAAUGUGAUCAGUCCACCCGUCGAGCAAUUGCAAGUUGUUGAUACACCCGAAGUCUCUUAUGAAGUACAGGUGACGUAUAAUAAGGAUGCCGCUGAAUCCAAUGCAAUUCCAAAAGAUGCUUAUCCUGUGACAUUUAAGUUAUUUAAGCGCUACAUUAAGAAUCUUGACGGGAUUGUGAGCGAAAUGUUAAGCAGCGAUGAGUACAAAGGCAAAACAAAAGAUGAGUGCGCCUUGGAGUAUUUUAAGGCCUUCUAUACAACUUCCCAGAUACGUACGAAGUUCAAGCCAGAACUCAAGGCUUGUCCGUCAAAGAUUCGAGCGAAAUUACUUGCGUUGCCAGCCGAAGAAGAAGUAAUUGUUGAUGUUGUGGAUAUUGACAACGAUGUACCGAAUGAGGGAAACCCGCCAAAAGUAUUAACUGUUGCUCAGGAUAAGGAUAACGUCGUCGAUUUGCCCAGCGAGGGAAAUCUAGUUAAGAUUAAAGGCAUAAAUUAUACAUACCCGGUUGAUAUCAAAACAUUUCUGAGAUAUAUCAACUACGAUGAACUCAAGAAACAACUGGUCGAUGCUCAUGCAAAAACCAAAAAAAUUGGCGAUGAGGCGAAUGAAAAACAAUUGUUUAAACGUUUUUACUAUUCCUUUUAUCUUGAUAAGAGCUUGCGGAAACAAUUUAACUAUAAUUUCAACGCAGCGCCAGCUCAUCAACGAAGUAAAUUUACCGAAAUGGCAGUUGCAAUAACGGAAAAACAUGGGGAAGAAUUGCCGCAACAAGUAGCAAACACUGAACCCUUCUAUACGACUUCCCAGAUACGUAAUAAGUUCAAACCAGAACUCGAGGCUUGUCCGUCAAAAAUUUCAGCGAAAUUACUUGCGUUACCAGCCGAAGAAGAAGUAAUUAUUGAUAUUGUGGAUAUUGACAACGAUGUACCGAAUGAGGGAAACCCGUCAAAAGUAUUGAGUGUUGCUAAGGAUAAGGAUAACGUCGUUGAUUUGCCCAGCGAGGGAAAUCUAGUUAAGAUUAAAGGCAUAAAUUAUACAUACCCGGUUGAUAUCAAAACAUUUCUGAGAUAUGUCAACUACGAUGAACUCAAGAAACAGCUGGUCGAAGCUCAUGCAAAAACAAAGAAAAUUGGCGACGAGACGAAUGAAAAACAAUUGUUUAAACGUUUUUACUAUUCCUUUUAUCUUGAUAAGAGCUUACGAAAACAAUUUAACUACAAUUUCAACGCAGCGCCAGCUCAUCAACGAAGUAAAUUUACCGAAAUGGCAGUUGCAAUACCGGAAAAACGCGGAGAAUUGCCGCAACAAGUAGCGAACACUGAACCCAGUACCUCCACUCAUAUCAGUGCACAGGAACAACCGAUCCUUGAGCCCAGUAAUUGCAAAUCGAAUGAAAUUACGUGCAGUGAUUGUGAACUUGAUGUAAUCGUGGACAUUGGAAAAUCGGGACGCUUUAUAUUUCCUGUGUCUUUUGAGACAUUCAAGCGUUGCAUUAACUACGAUGAGCUGCUGCAUCCAUUGCUCUUGCAUGUCACUCAACAAUGCAAUGAAGAAGCACGUAUGAUUGCAAAAUCGGAUCCGAUGCGAUGUCGUAAUGUCUUUACACGAUAUUAUCGUUCGUUUUAUGUGCGACCAAUUGUUCGCAAGCAGUAUGCCUAUCGAUUUGAGUCUGUUAGUGCAUCAUUAAAGUCCCAAUUGAUGCAGUAUGCAGUACCUCUUAACGCAAGAGCCAGGAAGGAGAUGAAUAUAGCUGCAACAACUGGCGCACCGAAGGCGUGUGCGGCCGUAAUUGAAGAGGGAACAACGGAGACAGAGGUAGAUAUGGAGAUAGACGAAAUUGUGGAAAUCACUGAAAUAAAUGAGCCAAACGUAGCUUCAUUUGGGAAUGGAAUCGCAAUUGGAAGAAAAACGAAUUCCGUGGUGGCUCCAAGUGAGGCUUCUAAUGCGUCCGGGAAAAUUGCAAAUACGCAAAUUACGGAAGAAGUGAUCAUUUUAAACUCUGAGGAAACCGAUGUGUCCCUCCAAAGAACACCCUUAAUGGUAGAGGCUUCAACAACUGUAGAAAAGACCUCCAAUGCAUCCGGCAUUCUUAGAAAUAAAGCAAUGAUCGACGCAGAGAAUACCCAUACUUUCGCCAUUGGCGAAAAGGCUGCAUCACCUAGAAUGACAGUUGCAAUAACGGAAAAACGCGAAGAAGAAUUGCCGCAACAAGUAGCAAACACUGAACCCAGUACCUCCACUCAGAUCUGUGAACAGAAACAACCGAUCCUUGAGUGCAGUGAUUGUGAACUUUAUGUAAUGGAGGAAAUUACAAAUUUGGGACGCUUUAUAUUUCCUGUGUCUUUUGAGACAUUCAAGCGUUGCAUUAACUACGAUGAACUUCUGCAUCCAUUGCUCUUGCAUGUCACUCAACAACGCCAUGAAGAAGCACGAUUUAUUGCAGAAACGGACCCAAAGCGAUGUCAUAAUGUCUUUAAACAAUUUUAUCGUUCGUUUUAUGUGCGACCAAUUGUUCGCAGACAGUAUGCUUAUCGGUUUGAGUCUGUUAGUGCAGAAUUAGAGUCCAAAUUGAUGAAGUAUCCAGUACCUCUCGACGAAACUGCUAGGAUUACGAUGAAUAUGGCUACAGUUAAAGAUGUGGCAACAACUGAUGCAGCGAGUGCAGCCGUAGUUGAAGAGAUUACUCCGGACGAAGUGAUAAUUUUAAGCUCUGAGGAUACCGAUGUAAGUUUCCAAAACACACCCUUAAUGGUGGAGACUUCAGCAACUGUAGAAAAGACCUCCAAUGCAUCCGGAAUUCUUACAAAUAAACCAAUGAUCGGCUCUGAGAAUACCCAUACUUUCGCAGUUGGUGAAAAGGCAGCAUCAACUAGCUCUGAAAAGGCGAAUGAUGACUUUAUUGCGGAAAACACGUCUGAACUUAACACAAAGAAGAUGCACACAUCGUCAAUUCCCGGUUGUGAAGUAGAAAAAGUUAAAAAUACGCCAAUAACUGGAACAGACAAAUCGGAUAUGGUCAAAGUUACAGCAAUAGCUGGUGUAGAGAUUACCCACGAGUCUGCAAUUGUUGAAAAUACAGCAACUGGAGUAGUAACAACUAUCAAAGAGAAUAUGGCAUUAAGUGGCAUAGAGAAGAAAAAGCCACAUCAAGAGUAUGAAGGCAGUCCAUCAACGACUCUGCCAGUUUCAUUCAAACUAUUUAAAAAAUAUAUACAAAAUCUGGAUGCAAUUGUUCAGCAAAUGUUGAAAUGCGAUGAUCACGCUGACAAGUCAGAGGAUGAGUGUGCUUUCCAAUAUUUUACAGCGUUCUAUUUGGAGCCAGCUGUACGUGAAAAGUAUGAGUUCCAGAUCAAACCUUGCCCAGCAAAACUGCGCGAAAAAAUACUUUCAAUACCUGUAAUUGAGCACGAGUCGGAGCAUGGAGCUGAGCUGCAACUUGGAGUAGAAGCUGAGCCAGAAAGAAAUGAAAGCCCGGCGGAACUGCUGAACAUCAACUGUAAUUCGCAGCAAAGCAAUGACAGCGAACCGCUUGUUGUAAGCCAAAGGAUUAUAAUAACGCUGAAAAAUAUGGUCUAUGAAUUUCCAGUUGCGCUGCAAACAUUCAAACAAUUUAUCAACUAUGAAUCAUUAAAACUGGAGCUGGUCAAAACCUACAUCAAAGACAAGCCCAAAAGCAAUGUGGAAUCGAUUUUAAAUGACGAGCGAAUUAAUUCAUCAUUGUUUCGCCGCUUUUAUCACUCGUUCUACAUUGAUCCUCGAGUGCGAAAAUUUUUUAAGUAUAAUUUUAACGCUGCUCCAGUUGAGUUCAGACCGAAACUGCUCGAAUAUGCUGUGCCACUUGUUAGGGCAACAAGGCCUAUUACGACCGAGAAGGUCGCAACGGUUGAAGUUGCGCAAAAGGAAAGUGAGUUGCAGUUAGCUGUAAACUCCACACAGGACUUCAAUGACAGUUCAGAAAACAAUGCGGCAUUCGCGCAAGUCUCAGCGCAAGAGCAAAGAUGUCUUAGUGUUGACUUAGAAACAAUUGCAAAAAGAAAAGAUACUGAAGUUCCUACUAGUCAAGGCGCUGCCCAGUCACUUAAUAUGGACUCAAUGCCAGCAAAGCGAGCGUGUAUUGUGCCCCAACUUAAUGUUUCAGCUGUUUGUUCUACUGGCAUUUCGCCGCCGUCGACACAGUGCUCUAUAAUGAGCACGCCGGAGACAAGUGAGCAGAGUGCUAGUUCAGCUGCUGUUGCCUCGUCACUGGAGAAAGACUCACCGUUGUGCAGUCUGGAAUCAAUGGCACCUUUGGUACAAAGCAGUAGCUCUGAUAAGAGUAAAACAAGUGAUGCUGAAGCUAGUGAGGUCUUGCAGCAGCAGCUAGAGUCCCACUUGCAGUCUCCGGAUGCGUUGUCAGCGACGUCCGAGAUUGAAGAUCAAAGCAGUAAUGAAUCAACAGUGAUUUACAAUGAUAAAGCUGACAGAUCCAUUGCGGAUCAUACUUAUAACAGAUCUUGGUCUUCCGAAUGCGAAAGUUUAGAAGAUAUAUAUGCAGAUAGAUCGGAUGAAUUAGAGAUAUUGGAAAAGCUGAAUGUAAUCGAAUAUAUACCACAUAACUUGACAUACUAUAUAGCACAUCAGACGAUGAACCUGAGAACUCGUGCAUUGUUGGAGAAAGAUUUUAUAAUUGAUAGAAGACCAAAGCAAAAAGCAGAGGAAUUAGCAGCCAAUGCGAAACGAAGUGCUACAAACCCACAAACUAUUGCCAAAAGUUAUACUACUGGCAACAAGACUAUUCCCAUGGUUGAAAUAUUUCCUAGCUCUAUAUCAAACACAAAGACUUUUUUGGCAACAACAGCAGUUGCAGCGCCCUUAAAAUCGGCAUCAGUUCCAGCCACAGUGACACUAAGAAAAGCUAAUAAGCAAACAAUUGCAAACAUCAAAGCUGAAGCUGAAGAUUCUACUGAAAUUGCAGAGGCUGCAGAUAACAAUGAAUCUAAUCUCGUUGAUGUUAAGGAAGACAUCGUUGAUAUUAAGGAAGACAUCGAUGAUGUCGAUUGCUCUACAGCAAAUGUGGCUAAUCAACAUCAGAACACAAUUUCGGCGCCAGAGAUACUAGAAAAAGUAGGAACGAAAAAAUUUGCAGGUAGAAGAACCGAAAAAGUUACAAGAAAAGUGUCGCGCUCCAUUGCAACUGUGGUUGACAAUUCAACAGAGAUAACUAAAGGACCGAGGACGAAUGCAGGUGAAAGUAAUAAAGAUAAAGUAUCUGGCAUAGUUACAGCAACAAAUGUUAAGAUAGGCUCAACAGUAGUCGCCACAAAUGAAACAAGCUCGAGAGAAUCAACUACAACAACAGCAACAGCAGGAACUAGCGAAGUAGUCGUCAAAAAUGAAUCAAGUUCGAAUAGUGUCCCAGAAACACUUCCUAGCACAACAGCAAUAACUAAGGAAGUAGUCGUCGCGAGUGAAUCAAGUUCGAAAAGUGUCACAGAAACAAUUCCUAGCUCAACAGCAGCAACUAGCAAAAUAGUCGCCGGGAAUGAAUCGAGUUCAAAGAAUGUCACAGAAACACUGCCUAGUUCCACAGUAGCCACAAAAACAAUUCCUAGUUCAACAGCAGCAAUAAGUGAAGUAGUCGACACGAAUGAAUCCAGUUCAAAGAGUGUCACAGAAACAAUUCCUAGCUCGACAGCAGCCACAAGCGAAGUAGUCGCUUCGAAUGAAUCGAGCUCGAAGAGUGUCCCAAAAACAAUUCCUGGUUCAACAGCAACAAUAAGUGAAGUAGUCGUCAAAAAUGAAUCAAGUUCGAAUAGUGUCCCAGAAACACUUCCUAGCACAACAGCAAUAACUAAGGAAGUAGUCGACACGAAUGAAUCAAGUUCGAAAAGUGUCACAGAAGCAAUUCCUAGCUCAACAGCAGCAACUAGCAAAAUAGUCGCCGGGAAUGAAUCGAGUUCAAAGAGUGUCACAGAAACACUGCCUAGUUCCACAGCAGCCACAAGCGAAGUAGUCGCUACGAAAGAAUCGAGCUCGAAGAGUGUCCCAAAAACAAUUUCUAGCUCAAUAGCAACAACUAGCAAAGUAGUCUCAGGGAAGGAAUUAAGUUCGAAGAUUGCCCCAGAAACAAUUCCUAGCUCGACAGCAGCCACAAGCGAAGUAGUCGCUACGAAUGAAUCGAGCUCGAAGAGUGUCCCAAAAACAAUUCCUAGUUCAACAGCAGCAAUAAGUGAAGGAGUCGCCGGGAAUGAAUCGAGUUCAAAGAGUGUCACAGAAACACUGCCUAGUUCCACAGCAGCCACAAGCGAAGUAGUCGCUACGAAAGAAUCGAGCUCGAAGAGUGUCCCAAAAACAAUUUCUAGCUCAAUAGCAACAACUAGCAAAGUAGUCUCAGGGAAGGAAUUAAGUUCGAAGAUUGCCCCAGAAACAAUUCCUAGCUCGACAGCAGCCACAAGCGAAGUAGUCGCUACGAAUGAAUCGAGCUCGAAGAGUGUCCCAAAAACAAUUCCUAGUUCAACAGCAACAUCUAGUAAAGUAGAAGUAAAUAAGGCAUCAUAUACAUCGGCAACAAAAGCAUUAGAAACGGUUUCGGAGGCAACCAAAGCAACUGCGCCUCAAGCAAUAGCAUCCACUGAUGGAGCAAGGGACACAACUAAAACGGCUUCAGCAGCUGUCGUCAGUGAAAGCAGCUCAUCGCAAUUGAAGGAAUCAAAUAGGGCAGUAGCAAAGCCGACAGAGGAGACAACAGUUGCACCAACGACAUUCAAUUUAAAUUCGAUUGAUUUCUUUGCUCCCAUUGGCAAGGAGCAUAACUUGAAGUAUUUAAUCUACACUAGCCAUGGUCUGAAGCAGACCGUUUGGUGCAUACUAUCGCAGUUGACUUGUUCAGAGUUCAAGAAGUAUACUUGUAUACAUAACGGCGAGUCCUUUUAUAAGGACGAAAGUCUAUUUUCUCGUGUCUAUUCCCAUGUGAUACACAAAGGAAAUUGGCCAAUUAACCUGUAUGUCAAGCUGCCAAUGCUGAUUGAACUAUUGCGCAGCAAAGAUGUGCAAAUUGAUGAGCUGGAUUUGGCACAUUUUUCCCCCAAGGUUCUGCAUUCGUCUGAGCUCAUGCGUUACACCAACUUUGAUGACAUUGCUGAGCGUAAUUAUCGCAAUCGUACUGGAGAUCGUGUCAACAAUCUAGUGGAUUUGUUUUCUGAGGUCGAGAACUUCUACGUAGAGUGUUGGAUGCAGGAUCAGUGGAUUCAGCAAGUACCUCGAGUCACAUCCCAGGAAUUAAAGCUAGCAAAUGCAAAGAUUGAGCCCGUUGCAUUCAACAUUCCGGAAUGCAGAAUUCCAAUUUGCUUGCUCGAGAAAGUGCCCGAAGCUGUCAUCGAAAUCGAGUCUGAGACGAUCGAGUUAUAUGAUAAUUCGCCACAGGACAUACUGCAAGAUUCAGAUUGUCCAGCAACCCAGCUGGAGCAGUCUAUUGCUGGAAACAGUCUAUUCGUGGACGUUGAAGAUGUUGACCCUGCAACACAAUUGCCGGAGACUCAAAGUGAUCCACUUAUGGAAACUUCUAUAGAGAUGCCUACAGUUCAAAUCAAACAGGAAUCUGUUAAAUUGCUCAGCAAUAUGCGCUUUACGAUCGAUAGCUCGCAGAGUCAAGAGGUUGUAUGUGAAAGCAUAUCGCCAGAGGAACAAAUUAUCAAUCUAGAUGAGGAUGACGAAAGAAUUGCAGCGGAAUUGUCGUGCUUCGCAAUUGUACCGCCCAAGGAUAGAAGUCCUCCAAUGUCGUUCCUUAAUGCUAAUCUUUCAAAAUGCGAGUUUAAUGAUCUAAUGAAGGAUGUGAGUUUAUCUCCCGAGCUGCAGUUGCAAAUCACCAAUCAAUUGAUGUCUUUGGAGACGUCACAGAUUGAAGUUGCUACUUCGCCAACAGAAGAAUCGCAAGUUCCAGUUGCAGACGUUCCGCCAGCCGCAACCGCAACCGCAGUGGCAGCUCCUGCUUCUCCAGUUCGAUCUGUAACAAUUAGAAAGCCCAGUCGAGCUUUCAAAUCUACUUUACCAUGCAAAAGACCACGUUUAAUGGCGAACAAUGUGCCACAGUUAAGGCAUGACUUUCGUCCGUUACCUUUCACUGCUGCGGUGCCCAAUCAGGCGACUGUUAAUCCCAGUGCGCAGCAAGAGUUACCCACAACCUCCUCCAGCCAGGUCCAAUCACAGUCGCAGCAGGACAGCUCUGACCCUCCCAUGACUGCAUCCCAAGAGCUGGCCACGGAUAACACUUUGAUGGCAUCAUCACAACUGCAACACUUACUGGAUGCUCCGCAUGUCAAUGUGCGACAGAGGCGACAUUGAAAAUGGGUGAUGUUGAAGAUUGUAAAUUAUAUUUAUUGUUAUUAUUAUUAUGCCCUGUUAUUUUAAAGAUGAAGUUUUUCCAGUUCUUUACAAAUAAAAUAAUUAUUUAAGUAAAUAUUUAUUAGAGAAUGAUGUGCAUAACACAUCGAAAAUAAUUGUAUAGAAAAUCGCAAAAUUCCUUUUUUUUU